AACAUCAUAUUCCACUGCGACAACAACACAACAGCUUGAGUCAUCAGACCAUACUAAAGUGUCCAUCACAUCAAAUCAAUCGACAACUACAACAAUUUCCUCUACAAAAACUCCAGACUCAAGUUCAUCCAUCUUCACAACAACCACAAAACCAAAUCCCCUCACAACUACAAGUACAACCGAGUCUUACUCCGCCAUUCAAGCAACUACACCACUGAAGAACACUUCUCUCAGUGACACUUCUGACUCACCAUCAAUCUACCAAUCUACAAAUGAAUUAGAUACUACGUCUUUCAGCCACCUGCAAACACAAAUGUCUCAAACAAUUGCUGCUGCCUCUGCACUUCUUCAGACUACAUCGUCGCAAAUCACACCAACCAAUGCAAAGAUUACAGAGCCUUCUGUUACAACCUCAACUUCCUCCAGCAGAAGUGUCACAGAUCAGACGGCAUUUUCUGAAUACACAAGGACAAUGACUGCAGGAUUUCUGUCCUCUGACGCAUCUUCUGGAACAUCACACUCCACUGCGAACACAUCACAACAGUCACCAGAUCACACUCAAACCUCCAUCACAUCAGAUGAUUUGGAUUCUACGUCUAUCACGGCAGAGCCUUCAUUUACAACCUCAAUGUCAGCUACAAAUACAAAGCAAACUUCCCAAAGUGCAACAGAGCCGACGGAGGAAUCAUUAACAAUUGACCCACCGGAUGACACAACCGAUACUGAAAUAGCAUCGACUAUCAAAACACCUGUGGAAUCGACUACAAAUGCAAUUUCAGCCGUCGACGACACUGCAUCAGCCACAGAAAAUAACACUGAACAUUUAACUGAUGUGUUUUGGUCCUCUUCUGAUAACACAACAUGGAAUGAGUUUACAUUGAUAGACGACUUUAAUAGCACACUGAUAACCUUAAAUGAAACAACAUCUGAGUCAUCUCAAUCAGAAAGUCUGCCAACUGACGGUCAAGAAACUCUGACACCUGUGAUGGAAUCGCAAUCAUCUCAGUCCGCAACAACUGACACAACUCUAAAUCCAAGUCUGGUUACUUCCUCAGACUCAACAACACUUGUUGAGACCUCAAGACCUGUCAUAGCGGCACAAGUUACAGCUACACCUAAAAUCCCCAACCCAGAGCACUCGCAAACACCUGUAACUGCUUUCACAGCAUCAACAUCUACAACAACACCAACGCCGGGAACAGUUUCAAGACAAGCAAUGACACCUGAUUCAAAGCCCACAUCUAUGAACACGCCCUCAAUGUUUCUGACCACUCAGGAAAAUCAGAAAACGAACACAAACGCCUCCUUAAACCCAUUUUCUCCAGCAUCUCCUCUCACAGCCACAAGCAGUGACCCUAAACCUGUCACCACUCCAUUAGCUGAGGAACACAAAGGCUCAACUGUGGGCAUAUCAAUUCAAACAGCGCUAAACAGGUCUGAUUCAGAAGGCACUACAAUCACAGACACCUGGUCAAACAGCAUAUCUUCAACACCAGCAGGUCUAACAAACCCACCGUUAUCAAGCAACACCAGCAGAGACGGAAACGCAGAUGAUUCUGCAAACUCAGUGAAAAGCACCAUUGUUUUUGUCUUCAACAUUCCCAAAGUACCUGUGUUUAAAAUAAUCACCUUCAAUCACCCACUGGUUAAUCAAGUCACAGUCAUGAACACAGUUUUAAGACCAUGAAACGGUCACAUAAAAUGACUUCAAAGCAAAGUGGGUGA